AUGGCACAUAGGAACAACCGCAACAACAUCCGCAAUCAUAACGCCGCUUUUUGGGCCGGACAGCCUGCCCAUAACGGCAGCCAGCAAUGGGUCGAGGGUUACGAUUCAUACUCCCAACCCGUGGGCUCCUCCGACUUCCUCAACACGGAAGCGAAGAGGAGCCCUCAGUCAUUGAUCCAGGAGUUUAACGCCGAUCUCCCCUCCUGCCCCGAACCCCAGGGCGUUGAUUUCGACUUCUCGUUCGACCUUGCCAUUGGGAGUUCCCUCUUUGAGAACCAUGAUCUCGGUGUCGAUGUACCAGGUCUAGCAUCUUGCGGUCUUGCCCGGACGAUUAGCCAUGCGAGUUCUAACGGGAUAGACGAGGUCGAGUCAGUCACCUUCAGCCAAAGUGACGAGCUGUACGAAAGCUUCGGCGAGGGUAUUUUCAACAGGCUCAACAGUCCAGCGACGACAAACUUCUCUGAAGUGAUAGUAUCUAGCAAUGCUUCAUUGGAUGAUGGCCCUACCGUUUCGAGACGCCCCUUUCUCAAUAUACAAACCGACGGAAGGGACUUGUCAAGAAACGCCUUGUUGUACGCUUCGUCAUACCCGUCCGACGCGAGCUACAUUGGCCAUGGCCUCUCAGCGGGCGAUCUUACCUCGCGGAAUACACCAACGACUGUUUCUAAGCAGAAUGGUAGCGCUUUGUCAGUUGAAUUGUCUGAUUAUACCGAGUUUAGUCCCAGUCCAACUGCAGCAUACUAUGACGACUGGAAUACCCCGUUUACAGAUGAGAUGCCCGAGGCUCUCAGCCAGUCACCAUGGGGUAAUGGAUUUCCGCCGGAAGACUUCAUAUUGAUUGACCAGGACCAGUCGGGGCCUGCCCUGGUGGUACACCCUCCCGAGGCUUCGGGACAACCCAACCGGAUGGAUGACAUUCAAGCCUCGACCAUGUUUCCAGUCUCACCAAUACAUCAAACUGAUGACGUGUCAUCAUAUGUCAUUCAGGGCGGAAUACAGAGCAACCUAGAUUCAGAGAUUCAAAUUGGGACUGUUAGUGCUACGGGCCGUCUAGAAGUUCCCUUUCCUAGGCCGUCUUCGAGACCACGUCGCCCUUCAGAUCCGACCCGGCCAAGCAGCGCUCUCAACACUCAAACCCGAACUCAUCGGGUAUUGAAGUUCAACGACCACCGGUCAUCUCGUCCCACUGCCUCUAGACCCAUCCGUUCACAAUCUCCAUUGUCGCUGAGCCGCUCCGACGCAUUUCAACGGUCAAGCCUGGGAAAUGUUGCAUGCUCAGGAAUGGCCGCGCCAGUACCCAUCGUCUCUGGCUCCAAAAUGCCAGAAACAAAAGCCAUAUCGCCAACAGGUACAAGUCCGAGUACUCGACAAGGACCUGCCCGCGGAAGGCGCAGCGGGCCUAUGAACUCUGCAUCUCGCGAGCAAGCCAAAGAUACGCGGAACAAGAAAAUGGUUUGCAUCCGGUGCAAGCACUCCAAGCAAGCAUGCAAGAGAAUCGACGACUCGCCUGAUAGUCCUUGCUCUCAGUGUGACAAACACGGCUCAUCAAACAAGUGGCCAGGUCCUUGUGUGAGAGCCCAUUUUGAAGAUAUUAUUCUCUCCGGAUCGUGCAACUACAUUUCCCAGCGGACCAUCAACCACCCAUCUGUAGAUGGUACCAGACGUAUUCGUAAGGAACUUCCGAGAGGGUUCCCUAUCGACAGUAUCAUCGCUACGUUAGAGCGUGUCCGAUACGACUUUGACUUGCGAGUUUACUACGAACAUCAGCCCGUCUACGUGCUGAACCUCGAAAAAUGCUACGAUUACGUCCUGAGUCUCAGCACACAAGUAGGCAGGGCAGACGAUAGUCUGCGGUCCUUCAUUGACAAGGACUUGGUUCGCAUAGAUUCGAAAAGCGAGGAGUGGGAAAACUGCAUGGAUAACCUGGGCCUCCUCCGCGACAACCCGCUGGCCCUCUUUUGCGUCCUCAGUAAUAUGCCUAGUCGCGCUCGCUACUCCUACGUCUACAAGAACAGCUUUUCCCGUGCGCAAGAACACUUUAUCGAUCCAGAAUCUCCAGACGAAUCCGAAAACCUCGCCUUAGCUGCCCAGCUCACCCGCAUCAUCAACCGCAAAGUAGAGGUGAAGGCGUUCGCCUACCUCCAACGUACUCUACACAAGUCUGAUAAUCUCUCGGAGACAGAGCUGCUCCCUCUCUUGCAGACGAUGGGCUACAUCCUCACUAUGCUGCGAUGGAAGUCCUCAUGGUGGGCUGUGACGCUUGGAAACUCUUUGGCCAAUGAUGACGAAGGAGCGAGGGCGCAAUGUCAGAAUAGGGUUCUGAUGCUCUGUCGCGUCUUAUACUUCUACUACUGCAGCGUGCGGAGGAAGCUUGCGAUGUGGUCCACGAUCGACGCGCUGCGGGGAGUCCCGUCGAAGUACCCCGACACUGAGAGUGAGGUGUGGGAUGAUUUCCCCGGAGAUGAAACAGCGGAUGCAUUUGAGGCGUGGAUGAGCAGAGGUCAAGAGUUGGUAGACAAGGCGGGAGCUCUGAGGGUGUUGGACUCGAUGGGUUUGCUGGCUUGA